AUGCGAUUCACGAUCACUCGCGUCUCAGGAGUAGGCUUCUUUGACCAGAUGAUGGCGGACUUCCCGUCGCCCAACAGGCGCACCUGCAGAUGCCUCCCCCUUCAGUGCAGCCACGUCGUACCGGAGAUGGCCUCAUCCUUUGCACGUACCCUCAAUGCGCCUCCGCGUAUUCCCUGCCGCACCCGUCGCAGAAACGGUCAAGCUACCAAUACUCCCGCAGUCGAAAACGAUGCGGUCACCUCCGAGAGUGCACUCAGUAUGUCGAACGACGACGGAAAGCUUAAGGAUGGCAAGGUCGAGGUCAAUCUCGAGAUCACCGACAAGAUCACCGACAAGAUCACCGACAAGAUCACCGACAAGAUCACCGACAAGAUCACCGACAAGAUCACCGACAAGACCAACGGCAAGACCAACGGCAAGACCAACGGCAAGACCAACGAGAAGCUCAAAGACUCUAUCGAGACAGCCGAGGCCGCCGUUGAGGAGGCGAAGCUCGAGGUCGACGUCGCGGAGGUCAACACGAUGUAA